AUGAACAACCCCGCUCCCCCACCAAUCGCCGCCACAAGCAGCCGAGACGGCGACGGCGAAAAACCCGCAAAAAACCCCAAACUACCCCUUGACCCCGGCGGCGACGCCGCAGAAGAAGACGACGAAGAAGAAAAACCCAGGUGCGAGUGGGAUUUCACCCUCUCCGCCGUCAUAUCCUCCUCCCCCACCCCCUCCGCCGCCCCCGACGCCAUCGGCGUCGUCGAAUUCGACCCGACCGGCGAAUUCCUCGCCACCGGCGGCAUCGCCCGCAAAAUCAGGAUCUACGGAACAGAGAGGUCCCUGAGGCCAUCCGCCGCCCUCCUCGACCACGCCUCCGCCUGCGACUUCUACCUCUGCACCCCGGCCAAGCUCAGCAGCCUCAAGUGGCGCCCCGGGUCGGGCUCCCGCCUCCUCGGGUCGGGCGACUACGACGGCGUCGUCACGGAGUACGACCUCGAGUCCCGCGCCCCCGUGUUCGAGCGCGACGAGCACGGCGGCCGCCGCGUCUGGAGCCUCGACUACCACCCCGGCCCUCCCCCCCUGGGCGCCUCCGGCUCCGACGACGGCACUGUCCAGAUGUGGGACCCGCGCUGCCCCGACGGCGGCCGCUGCCUCCCCACAGUCCGUCCGGGCCGGGCCGGCCCCAGCCCUGUCUGCUGCGUGGAGUUCGACCCUUGUGGAGGCCCGCUCAUGGCUGCGGGCUGCACAGACCGGGCCAUCUACAUGUACGACCUCCGGGCCAUCUCCUCGGGCCCAACCUUGGUGCUCGACGGGCACCGUGGGCCCGUUACAUACACAAGGUUCCUCGAUUUCCGAACGUUGGUCUCGUCGUCAGUCGACGGGAGCCUCAUUAUGUGGAGCACGGAAAACGGUAGCCCGAUCAGAACUUUCACGGGCCACGCCAAUAGCCGGAGAUUUGUUGGGCUCUCGGUUUUGAGGGAUGCGGGCCUGCUGAGCUGUGGAUCGGAGAAUAAUCGGGUUUUCGUGUAUGACAAGAGGUGGGCCCGGCCAAUUUGGGACCGGGAGUUCCAUCGGAUGGCGGAUGAGGAGCAGAAGGGGGACGGUCGAGACCCGGAUUUCGUGAGCGGUGUUUGCUGGCGGCAGAUGGCCGGAGAUGGGCGGUGCAUGUUGGUGGCCGGCGGGUCGGAUGGGGUGCUGCAGGCUUUUGAAGGAGAAAGGAAAGUAAUGCAGGUCUAA